AUGGCAGAAAUUACGUUACCAUUGCUUAACACGAACUUUGAAAAGGAGCUGGAGGACAAGGACCCGCGGAAAGCCUAUGCUUCACCAAAACAGUGUGGCGGCAGAAUGGAGAGAUGUUCUCCAGUCCUCAACACUGCCAAUGGAAUGGCUGUCGCGGAUUAUCCUGGAUCGGGCUAUCAAACAUCGCGAAGAAACCACCGUGAUGAACAAUCCGGCUUCCGUCCUGAUCGAUCUAUGGUUGACCAGCUGUUCAUCGCCAAUAGGCAGAUAUGGGUCUCUUCGAGACCUCAAACGGAAACCAGGAUGAACGAACAAGCGACCGAACUCAUCGAUGAGUUCUUCGACCCCCAUCGAAGUCCAGCUGCGAGUCUACUUAUCGGCAAUUCGUCUCAUCCUGAUGCACGGAUUGGAGGCUUGGACAGCACUGUCUACGGUGACGGAGUGGCUAAGUUGCACGGGAAGGAAGUGCUUAGACUGCUGCUCGACUAUUUUUGGCCUAAGGAGACCAGCAGCUCGCCUUGUUCAACGAGUUCCGAGGAGUUUGUCGGAUUCAAGCUAGAAGAGGUUAAUUGGCCGAAAAUGUUCUGGGCUGAGGUAGUGAAAGAGGAAAUGAGGACAUUCGUCAAGGAUAGGCAGCUCAGGCGAGACGUAAUGUUUUGCAGGACAUCGAAUAGCGAAGAAUGGAUAGCUUCUGUGCGAGCUCUAACGGGAGCACUCUCGAACACUAUAGAUUCAAAUACGUCCAAGGACGAUCCACCUCGCGAAAAUGCGGGUAAUCGCGUCAGACGAUGA